AGGCGCCCUGAACGCAGCAGUCCCGUCAGCAGUGCACAGCGUCAACAUGGUGAAAUUCGGGCUUCAGUUCAAAGCCACGCUGGAGAACCUCACCAAAGUGAGGCCGCUCGGCGACGAUUUCCGCUGGUUCUUGAAGCUGAAAUGUGGAAACUGUGGCGAGAUCCCAGAUAAAUGGCAGUACGUGACCCUCGUGGAGAGCGUGCCGCUGAAAGGAGGGAGAGGCAGCGCCAGCAUGGUGCAGAAGUGUAAACUCUGUGCCCGGGAGAAUUCCAUCGAUAUUCUUGCAGACACAAUCACACCUUAUAAUGCUGAAGACAACGAGAGCUUCAAGACGAUGGUGCAGUUUGAGUGUCGAGGUCUGGAGCCUGUCGACUUCCAGCCACAGGCGGGUUUCGCUGCAGAAGGAGCAGAGUCUGGAACACAAUUUCCAGAAAUCACUCUAUUAGAAAAAGACUGGACGGACUACGACGAGAAGGUGAACGAGUCUGUGGGGAUUUACGAGGUCACACACCGGUUCAUCAAGUGCUGAGCCUCACAGGUGGCCGACAAAUGAACACUGCCGCUGAAUGUCCUCUCGCCUGUUGCCUCGGAGCACGGACGCUUCAGAGCAAAGAUGAGGAGGGUUGGCGAUGAUGAAGAACAGAGUACAUGGAUUAACACAGCAGGCCGCCGUACAGGGGAAUCAACAGCAAGAAGAGUUUUAUAAUUGCCUCAAUAAAAUCAGAAUUGAUUUGA